AUGAAGCUGAUCGAUCCGUCUCUGCUCCACGAAGCCUCCUUGUUAAAUGGUGAAUGGGUGCAGGCCCAAGCAGGCAGGAGCUUCGGCAUUGAGGAUCCGGGAUCGAACCAGAUCUUUGCGUGCUGUCCCACGAACGAUGUCACUGAUGUGGACCAAUAUGUUGCGUCUUCUGAGAGAGCCUUUGAAGACUACCGAAAGGUGAAUCCUCGUGAGCGAGCUCACAUGUUGCUCAAGUGGCACCAACUAAUCACCGAGGCCCGCGAGGAUAUUGCAAAAAUUACGUCCUUGGAGACCGGAAAACCCUUGACGGAGGCGAUUGGUGAGGUCAACUAUGCACUUGGCUUUGCCUGGUGGUUUGCAGGCGAAGCCGAAAGGAUUCGGGGCUCAAUUGGCCAACCCUCAAUCUCUGACCGGCGUACCUUUGUCAUUAAACAGCCUAUUGGCGUAUGUGUUUCUCUAGUUCCGUGGAACUUCCCCGUUGCUAUGACUAUUCGCAAAGUCACCGCGGCUCUCGCUGCAGGGUGCUCCAUGAUCGUUAAGCCUUCUCCAGAAGCUCCACUGAGCAUUCUUGCCUUGGCUGACCUUGCUCUGCGAGCCGGGUUUCCGAAGGGAGUUUUGAAUGUCAUCUCCACCGAUAACAGCAAUACGCCCUCAGUUAGUGAGAGGCUUUGUAAGCACCCUUCCGUUCGAAAGGUUACGUUCACUGGGAGCAGUAGAGUGGGAAGUAUUAUUGCAAAGCACUGCAGUGAAGGACUGAAGAAAGUUACCAUGGAACUAGGCGGCAACUGUCCAUUUAUUGUCUUCGAUGACGCCGACCUCAAGGAAGCGGUUGCGGCGCUGAUGAUACUUAAGUGGCGGACUGCAGGGCAGGCAUGCACUCACGCCAACCACGUCUAUGUACAGAGCGGAGUCUACGACAAAUUUGCAGAGAUGGUGCGUGAGGCGACUCAGCAGAACAUUCGUGUUGGUCACGGAUCCGACCCCUCCACUACAAUGGGUCCUCUCACAACUAGUCGGGGUGUUGAAAAGUUAGAGCGUCACGUCGCAGACGCCGUUCUUCGUGGAGGCAAGAUUCUGUGUGGUGGAAAAAGGCCCCCAAACUUGACUGGGUAUUUCUUCGAGCCAACCAUUAUUUCCGACAUGACUUCGGAGAUGCUAUCGACUAGGGAGGAGACAUUUGGACCUCUUCUAGGUCUGUACAAGUUUAAGACAGAAGAGCAGGCGGUAAAAAUGGCGAAUGAUACAUCUAUGGGCUUGGCUUCCUACUUCUUCACCAAGAAUGUUGAUCGGACUUGGAGACUUCUCGAAAAUCUCCAGGCAGGUAUGAUUGGCAUGAAUACAGGUAAUUCAUCGGCAGCCGAGUCACCGUUUGGCGGAAUCAAGGAGUCCGGUUAUGGAAAGGAGGCGGGGAAAGAUGUUGCUAUCGAAGAAUAUUUGAUUUCCAAGACUGGCACGUUGACAGUCAACUAG